AUGUAUAAAUAUGGUGGAAAAUUGAGUGCCAGUCUGUUACAAACAAAUUUAAAUGUCAGCUGCAGUCUUCGGGUGCGAAACCUUUUUGCCAGUCGAUAUUUGCAAGAUGCUGGCGGUACGACACCGGGAAACGAGCAACCAAAUGUCUUCCGCAAACGUAAAUUUAUACCACAAAAUCCUGACCAAAAAGCGGCAUGUGAUCUUCCCCAGGAGGCAAGAGUUGUGGUGUGUGGCGGUGGUAUAGUUGGAGCAUCGGUUGCCUAUCAUUUGGCCCUGCUGGGAUGGGGUAAACAGACAUUGGUGUUGGAGCAGGAUACGGUGGCAGGAGAUAGUCCUUGGUGUGCCAGCGGUUUGGCGGGACGUUUCGAACCCAGCUACACCGAAUUGAAACUGGCCGAAUAUUCGGUACAACUAAUCAAGGAUUUUACAAAUAAAGGAUUACCGACCGGCUGGAAACAAGUGGGGAGUUUAAAUUUGGGACGCACCUUCGAUCGUAUGAUUUCUUUUAAUCGCAUGAAAUCCUGUGGUGUGGCCUGGGAUAUACCUUGUGAGAUUUUAAGUCCUGAACAAUGUAAAGAGAAAUGUCCGAUAAUUGAAGUGAAUGAUUUACUCGGCGGUCUAUGGAUACCAAAUGAUGGUGUUUGUGAUCCGCAUUUAGUGUGUCAAACACUUAUCGAAGAGGCCAAGCGUAUGGAUGUGCGUGUGGUGGAACAUUGUGCGGUGAAGAAGAUACGUGCAGAGCGAGGCAAGGUGACACAGGUGGACACAACGGCGGGAGAUGUGAAAUGUGAAUUUUUUGUCAAUUGCACUGGGUUUUGGGCAAGGGAAGUGGGUACAUUGUCCAAGCCUCCGGUCAAGGUUCCCCUGAAAGCUGUGGAACAUCAUUAUCUUCAUACAAAACCGGUGGAGGGCUUGAAUCCGCAGACACCUUUUGUGCGGGACUUUGAUGGCGGCAUCUAUUUCCGAGAGAAAGAUGGUUGCAUAUUGGCGGGUGGUUUUGAACGUGAAGCCAAGGUGGCUUUUGAAGAUGGUUUCAUACCUCUGUCGCAAAAGGAACGUGUACUCCCACCCGAUUGGGAUCAUUUCCAUGAUCUCUUGGAUGAAUUGCUCAAAAGAGUACCUGCAUUGAGAUCGGCCCGACUAGAUCGUCUUACAAAUGCCUUACAAGCCUUCUCACCCGACUGCAAAUGGAUAAUGGGUGAAGCUCCGGAAAUACAAAAUUACUAUGUUUCAGCUGGCAUGAAAACAAUAGGGGUGUCCGCAGCUGGUGGUAUUGGCCGCGCCUUGGCGGAUUUAAUUGUUAAAGGCUCCACCGAACUUGAUAUACACAUAUUGGAUAUCAGUCGCUUCCUUGGUUUGCACAAUAAUCGUAAAUUCCUUACCGAUCGUGUUAAGGAAGUGCCCGGCAAACACUAUCAAAUUAAUUAUCCGUUUGAUGAGUUCAAGACCGGACGUAAUUUGCGUAUGUCUCCCAUAUACCCUUCGCUGAAGGAGGCCGGCGCCGUAUUUGGUCAAACAAUGGGCUAUGAAAGGCCAAAUUAUUUCGAUCAGAAUGAUAAGAAGGAUGAAUUUGGUAUACCACGUUUCCGUAUUGCUGAGACCAAAACCUUUGGCAAACCCCAUUGGUUUGAUUUGGUGGCUUCCGAAUAUAAUGCCUGUCGUGAACGUAUCGGUUUGGCUGAUUAUAGCUCAUUUACAAAAUACGAUUUAUGGUCCAAGGGCACAGAAGUAGUGGAUUUGCUGCAGUACUUAUGCUCCAAUGAUGUUGAUGUACCCGUGGGCUCAAUUAUCCAUACAGGAAUGCAAAAUGAAAAGGGAGGUUAUGAAAAUGAUUGCUCAUUGGCACGGCUCUCGGAGAAACACUACAUAAUGAUCGCCCCAACCAUACAACAAACCCGAUCCAUGAGUUGGAUACGCAAAAAAAUGCCAAAUCAUUUACGUUCCGGCGUCAAUGUUGCUGAUGUCACUUCCAUGUAUACGGCCAUUUGUAUUUUGGGUCCAUAUACACGUGUAUUGCUUUCCGAACUGACCGACACCGAUUUAACACCCAGUAAUUUUCCAUUUUUCACAUACAAAGAAUUGGAUGUUGGAUUGGCCAACGGUAUAAGGGCUCUGAAUUUGACCCAUACCGGCGAAUUGGGUUAUGUUCUGUAUAUACCAAAUGAAUAUGCCUUGCAUGUUUAUGAACGUAUUUAUCAGGCUGGCCAGAAGUAUAAUAUCCAACAUGCUGGCUAUUAUGCUACCCGGGCAUUGCGUAUUGAAAAAUUCUAUGCCUUUUGGGGUCAGGAUUUGGAUACCAAUACCACACCGUUGGAGUGUGGUCGCAGUUGGCGUGUUAAAUUUAAUAAACCCAUUGAUUUCAUUGGCCGUGCCGCCUUGGAGAAGCAACGUGAAGAGGGCGUCAAACGUAUGUAUGUCCAGUUGCUGCUCAAUGAUCACGAUCAUGAAGUGGAUGUUUGGUGUUGGGGCAACGAACCGAUCUACAGGGAUGGUAAAUAUUGUGGUAUGACCACAACCACCGGCUAUGGUUAUACAUUUAAGAAACAGGUUUGUUUGGGUUUUGUACGUAAUGUGGAUGAGCAGGGCAAUGAGCUGCCAGUUACCAAUGAUUAUGUUCUAUCGGGUCACUAUGAAGUUGAGGUGGCCGGUAUGCGUUUUGAGGCCAAGGUGAAUUUACAUUCACCGAAUUUACCCACCAAAUUUCCCGAUAAGGAACGUGAAGCCUAUCAUGCGACACGUGAUAAACCGGAUCAAGCUGAUUUGUUGUCGUUUAUGACAAAGCCGCAGUCAUAA